CCCCACCCAUUCGCCAUCACCGUGUUCGAGGACAGCCUCUACUGGACCGACUGGCACACCAAGAGCAUCAACAGCGCCAACAAGUUCACCGGCAAGAACCAGGAGAUCAUCCGCAACAAGCUGCACUUCCCCAUGGACAUCCACACCCUGCACCCGCAGAGGCAGCCCGCAGGCGGCAGGAACCGCUGUGGCGCCAACAACGGGGGCUGCAGCCACCUGUGUCUCCCCAGCAACAAGACGCACACCUGCGCCUGUCCCACCGGCUUCAAGAAGGUGGACCACUCCAACUGUGCCAGCGGUCUUGACAAGUUCCUGCUUUUUGCCCGAAGGACGGACAUCCGACGAGUCAGCUUCGAUACAGAGGACAUGUCCGAUGAUGUCAUCCCUCUGGCCGACGUGCGCAACGCCUUGGCGCUGGACUGGGACGCCAAGGACGGCUACAUCUACUGGACGGACGUCACCACCGACUCCAUCAACAGGGCGCUGUGGAACGGCACCGGGCAGGAGGUGGUGGUGGACACCAGUCUGGAGAGCCCAGCCGGUUUGGCGAUUGACUGGCUGACCAGCAAGCUGUACUGGACCGAUGCCGGCACGGAUCGCAUCGAGGUCUCCAACGCCGACGGGAGCAUGCGGACGGUCCUGAUCUGGGAGAACCUGGACCGGCCCAGGGACAUCGUCGUGGACCCGAUCGGAGGUUUCAUGUACUGGACCGACUGGGGCGCCAACCCAAAGAUCGAGCGCGCGGGAAUGGACGCCUCCAGUCGAAUCGUCAUCAUCUCGUCCAACCUGACGUGGCCCAACGGGCUCGCCAUCGACUACGAGACCAAGCGCCUGUACUGGGCCGACGCCGGCAUGAAGACCAUCGAAUUUGGCAACUUUGAUGGCUCCGACCGACAGGUUUUGAUUGGCAGCCAGCUGCCGCACCCCUUCGGCCUGACCGUGCACGAGGACAAGCUGUACUGGACGGACUGGCAGUCCAAGAGCAUCCAGAGCGCCGACAAGCUCACCGGCUUGGGGCGACGCACGCUCGCCGAAAACCUGGAGAACCUCAUGGACAUUCACAUGUUCCACCGCCACCGCCAGACAGUGCGUAACCCGUGUGCUCUGAAUAAUGGAGGCUGCAGCCACCUCUGUCUCCUGGCUCCUGCUCCCAAAGCCUCCAGCUGUGCCUGUCCCACCGGGAUCAACCUGCAGACGGAUGGGAAGACCUGCACGCCCGGAAUGAGCAGCUUUCUCAUCUUCGCACGGAGGACCGACAUCAGGAUGGUUUCUUUGGACAUCCCCUAUUUUGCCGAUGUGGUUCUGGCCGUCAACAACUCCAUGAAGAACACCAUCGCCAUCGGGGUCGACCCUAAAGAAGGAAAAGUGUACUGGUCCGACAGCACGCUGAAGAAAAUCAGCAGAUCCAACAUCAACGGGAAAGCGCAAGAAGAAAUCGUAUCUACAGGGUUGGUGACGACCGACGGCCUGGCGGUGGAUGCUGUCGGCAGGAAGAUCUACUGGACGGACACGGGCACCAACCGCAUCGAGGUGGCCAACCUGGACGGAUCCAUGAGGAAAGUCCUCGUGUGGCAAAACCUGGACAGCCCUCGAGCCAUCGCCCUCUACAACGAGAUGGGUUACAUGUACUGGUCGGACUGGGGAGAGCACGCCAAGCUGGAGCGCUCGGCGAUGGACGGUUCGGACCGCACGGUCCUCAUCAGCAACAACCUGGGCUGGCCCAACGGGCUGGCCAUCGACAUGGCCGGCUCGCAGCUGCUGUGGGCCGACGCCCACACCGAGCGCAUCGAGGCGGCCGACCUGAACGGGCAGAACCGCCGCACCCUGGUGACCCCGGUCCAGCACCCGUACGGCCUGACCCUGCUGGGACCCCACAUCUACUGGACCGACUGGCAGAGCCGCAGCAUCCAGCGGGCCGACAAGAGCACCGGGACCAACGCCAUCACGGUGCGAGCCAACCUGCCGGGCCUGAUGGACAUCCAGGCCGUGGACCGGGAGCGGCCCCUCGGCUUCAACAGGUGCGGCCGUGGGAACGGGGGCUGCACCCACCUGUGCCUGCCCCGUCCCAACGGCACGUCCUGCGCCUGCCCCACCGGCAUCCUGCUCAAGGGGGACGGCAGGUCGUGCGAGGACUCCCCCGAGUCGUACCUGCUCUUCUCCAACCGCGUCAGCGUGCGCAGGAUCUCCCUGGACACCGACGACCACACCGACGUGCACGUGCACGUGCCCGAGCUGCACAACGUCAUCUCCCUGGAUUACGACAGCGUGGACGCCAAGCUCUACUACACCGACGUUACCCUGGACGUGAUACGGCGUGCGAACCUGGACGGCAGCGGCAUGGAGACGGUGAUCAGCCAGGGCCUGAAGACCACGGACGGGCUGGCUAUCGACUGGGUGUCCAGGAACAUGUACUGGACCGACACCGGGCGCAACACCAUCGAGGUGGCCCGCCUGGACGGGACCAGCCGCAAGGUCCUGGUCAACAACAGCCUGGAUGAGCCCCGGGCCAUCGCCGUGUUCCCCAGCAAAGGCUUCCUGUUCUGGACCGACUGGGGUCACAUUGCAAAGAUCGAGCGCUCCCACCUGGACGGCUCGGACCGGAAGGUUCUAAUCAACACCGACCUGGGCUGGCCCAACGGCCUCACGCUGGACUACGACACCAGAAGGAUCUUCUGGGUGGACGCGCACUUGGACAGGAUCGAGAGUUCGGACCUGAACGGGAAACUGCGGCAGGUCCUCGUCAGCCCGGUGUCCCACCCCUUCGCCCUCACACAGUUGAAGCCGGUGUCCUCCCCUCUAACCCAUUUCUCCCGACUCUCGCAGCAAGACCGCUGGAUCUACUGGACGGACUGGCAGACUAAGUCCAUCCAGCGGGUGGACAAACACACGGGCCGCAACAAGGAAACCGUGCUGGCCAACGUGGAGGGCCUCAUGGACAUUAUAGUGGUAUCGCCUCACAGGCAGACGGGUACCAACCUCUGUGGGGUGAAUAACGGCGGCUGCACUCACCUUUGCUUCGCCAAGACCAACAGCUUCGUGUGCGCCUGCCCCGAUGAACCCGACGGGCGCCACUGCUCCACCAUUUCAGGUUACAUCCCCACCUCUCCUGCUAGAGGGACCAGCAGCACACCUGUGCCCAACAGGAUGCCCCACGCUCCGACAGACACUCCACACGGUGGACCCUCACUGGUCAACUGCACUGACAAGAACCCAAACGUGGAGGGCUGCCUGAGCAACGUGGUGACGGCUCCUCACGGGGAAGGACUUCACAUCAGCUACGUGAUCGGGGGAGUUCUGACCAUCCUGGCCAUCCUGAUCCUCAUUGCUGCUUUGAUUAUUUACAGGCACAAGAAGUCAAAGUUUGCCGACCCGGGAGUGAGCAACCUGACCUACAGUAACCCCUCGUAUCGGACGUCCACCCAAGAGGUCAAGAUCGAGGCGUCGCAAAAGCCCCCGAUAUACAACCAGCUCCGAUAUAAGAAAGAGCUCUCUCAUCCCUACAACUCCCUCUCUCCCUUUAUCUUUUGACCCACUUGUCCCGCGGAGAGGGCGGGGUGGACGGAGGCUACACCAAGGAGAAGAUCCGCAUCGUGGAGGGCGUGUGCCUGCUGUCCAGCGAGGAGCUUUACUGGGACGACCUAAAACAGAUCAAGCCGUCCCGCGGCGGCGGCGGCCUGCACGCCUGCAUG